ACGACCCCCUCAAUCUCAUCUUCUCAUCAUCCAACCUCGACGGUAACAUCGUUGAGAUUAAACACACCCUCUUUUACCGUCUAGCCACUCCUUAUCACCCAGCACCAUCCAACCAUGAAGGCGUCCAUCCUCUUGGCCGUGCUCGCCGCCCUCGGCGCCACCGAGGCCAAGGUCCACAAGAUGAGCCUCAAGAAGCUCCCCGCCGACGCCAACAACCUCACGCCCCAGCUCGAGGCCCAGUACCUCAAGCUCAAGCACAUGGGCGCCAACCUCCUCGAGGACGCCUUUGACGCCCAGCAGCCCUUCCUCCGCCGCGGCCGCAAGGAGCGCAUCUCGGACGAGGACAAGGAGCAGCUCUGGACCCAGGUCAUUGACAACAACGUCGAUGUCCAGGGUGGCCACGGUGUCCCCCUCUCGAACUACAUGAACGCUCAGUACUACGCCCCCAUUACCCUCGGCAACCCUCCCCAGGAGUUUGGCGUCGUCCUCGACACUGGCUCGUCCAACCUCUGGGUUCCUAGCCAGCAGUGCUCGUCGAUUGCUUGCUUCCUUCACCGCAAGUACAACUCGGACGAGUCCUCGACCUACAAGGCCAACGGCUCCGAGUUUGCCAUCCGCUACGGCUCGGGCUCGCUCGAGGGCUUCGUCUCGCAGGACACGCUCACCCUCGGCGACCUGACCAUCAAGAAGCAGGACUUUGCCGAGGCUACCAAGGAGCCCGGACUUGCCUUUGCCUUUGGCAAGUUUGACGGUAUCCUUGGUCUCGGCUACGACACCAUCUCGGUCAACCACAUUGUCCCUCCCUUCUACAACGCCAUCAACCAGGGUCUCCUCGACGAGCCCGUCUUUGCCUUCCGCCUCGGUUCGUCGGACCAGGACGGUGGUGAGGCCACCUUUGGCGGCAUCGACAAGGAUGCCUUCACUGGCAAGAUCACCUACCUCCCCGUCCGCCGCAAGGGCUACUGGGAGGUUGAGCUCGAGGGCAUCGUGUUUGGCGACGACGAGCUCGAGCUUGAGAACACUGGUGCCGCCAUCGACACUGGAACCUCGCUCAUUGUCCUCCCCACGGACCUUGCUGAGAUGCUUAACAAGGAGAUUGGCGCCGAGAAGUCGUGGAACGGCCAGUACACGAUUGACUGCGCCAAGAUCCCCUCGCUCCCCGACCUCACCUUCAAGUUUGCCGGCAAGGAGUUCCCCAUCUCGGCCGAGGACUACACCCUCAACGCCGGCGGCUCGUGCAUCUCUGCCUUCACCGGCAUGGACUUCCCCCCUCCCAUGGGCCCCCUCUGGAUCAUUGGUGACGCCUUCCUGAGGAAGUACUACUCGGUCUACGACCUUUCGCGCAACGCUGUCGGCCUCGCUGUCUCCAAGUAAGGAGUGUGCCAAGUGUGCGUAGUAGUAUGCGCAGUAUGUUAGCAGUAUUACAGUAGCUCAAGCAGAUGAAUUUGCAUUGGCGACGUA